AUGGAGAGGGCGGUGUGCCGUGGCGUCCCGCAGGGUUCGGUACUGGGCCCGUUACUGUGGAACAUCGCGUACGACACGGUACUUCGGGCUCCGAUGCCCCCGGACUCGGCGCUGACGUGCUACGCCGACAACACGUUGGUGCUAGUGUGGGGAUCGACAUGGGGCAGAACCGUCCGUCUGGCGGAACUGGCGGUGGCCUGCGCGGUCGCCGCGAUCAAAGGGUUGGGGCUGGAGGUAUCCCCCGAGAAGUCCGAGGCGAUGGGACCUGAGGGCCAGCAGCCGCAGUCUCCGAGCGAUCAGGAGACUGCACAGGUCGGUGGCCAUCAGAAUCACGAGGGGUUUUCGCACCGUUUCGGCGGCGGCAGCGGCGGCAGCGGCGGCAGCGGCGGCAGCGGCGGCAGCGGCGGCAGCGGCGGCAGCGGCGGCAGCGGCGGCAGCGGCGGCAGCGGCGGCAGCGGCGGCAGCGGCGGCAGCGGCGGCAGCGGCGGCAGCGGCGGCAGCGGCGGCAGCGGCGGUGCUCGCCGGGCUUCCCCCGUUCGAGCUGCAGACCCUGAGGUGUCGCGAGAUCUAUCUCCGCAACCGGGGUCUGCUGGGCGAAGUUGA